AUGCUACCAAAACGUUCCGAAAAACGCUCAAAAUCGCUAGAUAGGGAGGUGACUCGCUCGCACAAGCUCAAUGAUCGUGACCAUCUGCCCGAUGGUAUGAUGGCAACUCGUGACCCUCUGCCGCGCUAUUUUGCAAAAUCGGGGCCUACCGAUGCGGAUCCUCGCAAGACGAAGAAAGAUGGAGGUGGAAAAAGGAAUUGGGGUCGCUCUGGAGAUGAAAUGCAGGAUUACGGUUAUACAUUCACCAAUACUCGGCGUCGAUCUAAUAGCAGCACUCAAGGUCUUUCGGAUUUUCAAACCAAGUUUGAAACAGUUGAAUCAGAGCCUGUUUUUGAGGAAGAGCUCCAUGGGCUUUCGGAAGGGACUGUGAUAGACGAGAGUGUCGUAACAAAGGUUGAGAGCACUAGUAGCAGCACUGAAAGUGAAACCGACCAGACGGCGGUGCGAAAGUAG